AUGAGCAACACCGAAUGGAACGACUCCGAGGCGAACGUUCUGCCUGACAAGGUCGAGGAUCUUGCAGCGAAUGGCGAGAUUCCCAAUGGCACGAAGCGGACAAGAGUGGUCGUGGUGGGCUUGGGAAUGGUGGGCGUCAGCUUCAUCGAGAAGCUGCUGAAGCUUGAUGUAAAGAGGAGAGAAUACGACAUCAUUGUCAUCGGCGAAGAGCAGCAUCUGGCAUACAACCGCGUGGGCCUGACAAGCUUCUUCCAACAUCGCGAGGUCGAGAACCUAUACCUCAAUCCCGCAUCAUGGUACGCGUCCAUGCCAGAAGGGUCGCUCUCCUACCACCUCAACACUCUUGUUACAUCCAUCGAUACCGAACAAAAGAACGUGGAGACCGCCAAGGGAGACACGGUAGCUUAUGAUAUCCUGGUACUGGCAACAGGUUCCAAUGCCCUACUUCCACGGCACACCCCUGGCCACGAUGCCAAUGGCGUGUUCGUAUACAGAACCAUUGAAGACCUGGAAAACCUCAUCAAGUUCUCCGCGACGAAGAAGGGAUCGACGGGAGCUGUGGUUGGUGGAGGUCUACUUGGUUUGGAAGCAGCAAAGGCAAUGAUGGACCUCGAAGAGUUCGGCAAAGUCAAGCUGAUUGAGCGCAACAGAUGGGUGCUCAGCCGGCAGCUUGAUGGUGAUGCAGGUGGUAUGGUUGUUGAGCAGGUCCGACAACUUGGCCUAGAUGUUUUGCUUAGCAAGCGUGUUGGCAAGAUCAACACAGAUGAGAAUAACAACGUCAUUGGUGUGGUGUUCGAAGAUGGCGAGCAAAUGGACUGCAGCACAAUAUGUUUCGCCAUCGGCAUCAAGGCACGCGACGACCUGGCUCGUAAGGCGGGCAUCCGCUGCGCCGACAGGAAUGGUGGUAUCGUCGUAGACGAGAGCCUCGCGACAUCGACCAAGGACGUCUACGCGAUUGGGGAGUGCGCCAGCUGGGAGAACCAGACUUUCGGCCUCAUUGCACCCGGCAUCGAAAUGGCCGACGUCCUGGCCUUCAACCUGACCCAAGCAAAAGCGCACGCCCCACGGAAAUUUAAACGGCCUGAUCUCAGCACGAAGCUCAAGCUGCUAGGUGUGGAAGUGGCGAGCUUCGGUGACUUCUUUGCUGAUCGCGACGGCCCAAAGGAUUUGCCGGGUCGUGGCAACAAGAAGGAGGGUAUGCAAAGAUCUGAUAGCAAGCUCGACAACCUCACCAAUGGACCUGCAUCAUCUCCAGUCAAGGCGUUGACGUAUAAAGAUCCUUUCCAGCAAAUUUACAAGAAGUACUUGUUCACCAUGGAUGGCAAAUACCUUUUGGGAGGCAUGAUGAUCGGUGACACAAAGGACUACGUCAAGCUCGUGCCAAUGGUGACGAAGCAGAAAGCUCUUGACGUGCCGCCAUCAGAGUUCAUCGUUGGCAAGAACUCUGGCGAUGAUGACGCCGAUGAUCUGGAUGACGACACACAAAUAUGUUCAUGUCACAACGUUACCAAAGGCGGCGUCGUGAAAAGUGUCAAGGAUGGAACCUGCAAGUCAAUCGGAGACGUCAAGUCAUGCACCAAGGCCGGGACUGGUUGUGGUGGCUGCAUGCCACUGGUGCAGACCAUCUUCAACAAAACAAUGGCGUCAAUGGGUGUUGAGGUCAAGAACCAUCUAUGCCCACACUUCGAGUACUCCCGAGCAGACCUGUUCAACAUCAUCUACGUGAAGAAGUUGCAGAAAUUUGCCGACGUGAUGAAGGAAUGUGGCAAAGAGCCUGACUCGGUCGGUUGUGAGGCAUGCAAGCCUACGAUUGGAUCCAUCAUGGCGUCUUUGUACAACAAGCACAUCAUUGAUGAAGACCGACGAGGACUACAAGACACGAACGAUCGCUUCCUUGCGAACAUCCAGCGGAAUGGAACGUUCUCUGUCGUUCCGCGAGUGUCCGGUGGUGAGAUCACGGCGGACAAACUCAUCGUUAUUGGGACCGUAGCGAAGAAGUUCGGUCUAUACUGCAAGAUCACGGGUGGCCAACGCAUAGACAUGUUUGGCGCUAAGAAACAAGACCUACCCGACAUUUGGCAGGAGCUCAUCGAUGGUGGUAUGGAAUCAGGACAUGCUUACGCGAAGAGCUUACGAACUGUCAAGUCAUGCGUAGGUACAACAUGGUGCCGAUUCGGUAUUGGCGAUUCAGUCGGCAUGGCGGUCCGACUUGAGGAGCGAUACAAGAGCAUCCGUUCUCCUCAUAAGAUGAAAGGAGGUGUCUCUGGCUGCGUACGAGAGUGUGCAGAAGCUCAGAACAAGGACUUUGGUCUGAUCGCAACAGAGAAGGGCUUCAACAUAUUCGUCGGCGGUAAUGGAGGUGCGAAGCCACGGCAUAGCGAGCUUCUGGCGAAGGACGUACCGCCUGAUGAUGUGAUCCCGAUUAUCGAUCGCUACCUCAUGUUCUACAUGCGGACUGCGGAUAAGCUGCAGCGAACAGCACGGUGGGUGGAGAAUCUGCCUGGUGGAAUUGCAUAUCUUCGGAAGGUCGUCCUCGAGGACAGCCUAGGCAUAUGUGCAGAACUUGAGAAGCAGAUGCAGGAAAUCGUUGGCUCGUUCUUCUGCGAAUGGACAGAGGUGCUGCAAGACCCUAAAAAAAAGGCACUUUUCACACAAUUCGCCAACACCAAGGAGACCAUCGAGACAAUGGAAAAGGUCGAGGAGCGAGAGCAGCAAAGACCAGCUUACUGGCCGAGUGAGUCUGUAAAGGAAGACUUCCGGGGCACAAAGUGGAGCGCUCUAUCGUGGCAGCCCCUUGCAAGCUGCGACCAGUUCAGUGACUCACCUACAGGCUCCAGCGUACCUGUGAAGCGUGGCGACACACAACUUGCGAUCUUCAAGGUGAAAGGCAAGUAUUAUGCCACCCAACAGAUGUGCCCCCACAAGCGUGCAUUCGUUCUGAGCGACGGUCUCAUCGGCGAGGACCACAAGACGAACAAGCUCUGGGUCAGCUGUCCAAUGCACAAACGAAACUACACAAUGAACGGCGAGGAAGCAGGCAAGUGCAGCAACGAUGAGCAAGUCAACAUCGCCACCUUCCCCGUGGAAGCACGAGAAGAUGGCAUGGUGUAUGUGAAGCUGCCGCCUAUUGAGGAGCUUGACAGUGUGCUUGGGACCGAGAAGUUCAAGAUCAAGAAGGAUGAGACAGAGAAGACGAGUCCGUUCGAGGCUCUUGAUAAGAAGUUUAAGAUGAAGGGGAGGAAGCCGUUUGCGGCGAGCCAUUUGCCUAAUGGUUUGGGAGAGCGUGGCAAGGCGCAGGCUAUAUUGGCUGGUGGCGAGCGUAGUAGCGGUGGCAUUGAUUGGUAG